UCAUGAUCUCAGGAUCUUGAGAUCAAGACACAGAGAGAUGCAUUCCCAAACUGGAGAGGUGGUUCUCUGAGUCAAUUAAGAGGGGAACCACCCCGCUGCUGGGAAUUAGAAGGGCAUCAGAAAGGCUUGAUAGGAGGCAGAAUGCACCUGGGACACUUACAUUGGUUGUUCUAUUCUGGCUAGUUUACCCAGUGUUUGGCCUGGCCCUCACCAACAAGCAGGUGUCCUAAUUGGUUUAAAUCCCAGAAGCCAGCUUGCAAACACACUUUAGAUCAACCCCGCAAAGGGCUCCGCGCCAGGGGAUGGGAAGGCGCUGCUCGCACAUCUCCAGCCGCUGGGAGCUCACGCCCCAGCCUCUGGGGUGGAGUGAGCCCCAAGAGGUGAAGAGGAAAGCUGCGGUGGGAGCUGGUCCGCAGAGGUGCCAGCAGGAAGAACAGAGAGACCCCAGAAGAGCACAGACCUCCCACGGCAGCCCGAGGAACCACCCCAGCCGACCAGGAUGAGGUGUCGCCGGUGCCGGGUGACCAAAUCGGGCCUGGCUGUAGCCCUGAGCAUCUUCACGCUCCUUGUCUUCCUCCUCUUCAGUCCGCACGCCUCGCCACCCACCUUCCAGAGCCUGGAGGAGCCCCAGGGCCACGCAGUGGCUCUGCCCUGGCCGGCUCCGCCUUCCCACCCACCGCCCAACCCCUGCCUGCCCAACACCUCCGCUGCUGCCCUGCCGAGCUUCGCGGGGCUGCCGCAGCAUGUGCGCUACUUCCUGCUGUAUAAACACUGCCGCGAAUUCCAGCUGCUGCAAGACGUGCGGCCAGACAAGUGCGCGCAACCUGUCUUCCUGCUGCUGGUCAUCAAGUCCUCGCCCAGAAAUUACGAGCGCCGGGAGCUGGUGCGGCACACCUGGGGCCGCGAGCGCCUGGUGAAGGGCGUCCCGCUGCGCCUCAUCUUCCUGGUGGGCACGGCCCCUGACCCCCUGGAGGCCCGCAAGGUCAACCGGCUGCUGGCGAUGGAGGCGCGGGCUCACGGUGACAUCCUGCAGUGGGACUUCCAUGACUCCUUCUUCAACCUCACGCUCAAACAGGUGCUCUUCCUACAAUGGCAGGAGACUCAGUGCACCAAUGCCAGCUUCGUGCUCAAUGGGGAUGAUGACGUCUUCGCACACACUGACAACAUGGUGUCCUACCUGCAGGACCACGAUCCUGACCACCACCUCUUUGUGGGGCAGCUGAUCCGCAAUGUGGGCCCCAUCCGGGUUCCCUGGAGCAAGUACUAUGUGCCAAAGGAGGUGACCCAGGAGGAGCACUACCCACCCUACUGUGGCGGGGGUGGCUUCCUACUGUCCCGUUUCACAGCCACUGCCCUGCGCCGGGCUGCUGUCACACUGGACCUCUUCCCCAUCGAUGAUGUCUUCCUGGGCAUGUGCCUGCAGCAAGAGGGCCUGGAGCCCGCCUCCCACAGUGGGAUCCGCACAGCCGGCAUUCGGGCCCCCUCAGCCCACAUGUCCUCCUUCGACCCCUGCCUCUACCGGGAACUGCUGCUUGUUCAUCGCUUCUUGCCAUAUGAGAUGCUGCUCAUGUGGGAUGCGCUGAGCCAGCCCAACCUCGCCUGCGGCAAGAAGUUACAAAUCUACUAGGUGGUGUCAGGGCCCCCUAGCCUCUAGGCUCUGAUCUCCACCCCCAUGGAAAGGGGCAGCAUCUUCCUCCCUGGCAGGGGAAAUCUUCAUUCCUCUAAGCAGGUCAGGCAUAGGGGAGUGCCAGGAAGGGUUUGAUGAGUGCCUAGUCUAGCUGGCAAACUCCUAGAUAUCUUUCCAAACCCACGUGGUACUUGAACCCAUGCUUCAUCAUCCUCCCUAGGGUUCUGGGUUGCUGCUCCUGCAUCGACCCCAUCUGAGUCAAGGUCACAUUUCCCAGCUCUGACCUUGAUCACAGGCUGGACCUUAAAGGCUGACCAGCCCCUCCUUGGUCAUACACCUAGAGUGGUUUAGUGGUAUGUGAGUUCCAGCCAUGGUUCGAGGUCAGUAGCAGAACUCCUAGUCGAAGUGAGCUUAGGAAAGGAGUUUUGUUCUCAGCCUCUCCAUAGACUCCAUCCACCUGAGAUGGCGGAAGCGGUCAGAGAAGCCAUGAGUGGGACCGCCCCAUCCCUGCCUGUGAUAUCCAGUGCUCUGAUGGCUGACGCAUUGGGUAGAGGAGGGAAGAAGCUGUCUGACUCAAGCAAAACCAGCUCCAAGUUUCUGAGAGUCCCUAACAGGGCCCUGCCCCCCCCCCACUUAUGCUCCCCAAGAAUUCAGGGAAUGUUGUGGGGCCAAAGGGUCUUCACUGGGCCCAAGGUCAGCACACACACUCACUCCAGUGCCCAGAGAAGGGAGAGAUUCUGGUCCUUGGGUGUCUCUGAGCUCUAGGGACCCAGGACCAGCCCUUACCGCAGUAAGCCUUUCAGAUUGGGGAGAUCCAAGCAAAAUGGUGACCACCCCCCCAAAAACCCAGCUGGCUCUGGGUGGAUGUCUGGGGCCUGGGCUUCCGAGGCAUUGGAGUAGUGCUUGGGACGUGGGGAUGGGGUGACCCCAGACAGCAUAAUGAUCGCUGGGAAGUGGGUACUCAGGGAAUAAAGCGUUUUGUGAAGACCU